AUGAGUGUUUUAAAUGCAAAAGCAGAAGAAAACCUUUCAGAAAAAAUAAAUAAAUUAAAUCUACCACCUGUUUAUUCUAUCAUAGUUGAAAAAGAAGAACCUAAAAGAAAAAGAACUAUUUAGAAUAGAACUAAUCGAUGUAAAUCAUAGUUUAUAAUUGAAAAAUAUAAUACAAUACAACCUAAUUAAUCUUAGGUUAAAAUAACCAUAAAUGACUAAAUUACUCAAGUCCAUUAAAAAAAAGAAAAUUAUUCUGUUUGUCUAUCUAGUUUAAUCAAUAAAACUUAAGAUUUAUGUGAAUUAAAUACUAAUGAGAUUAUCUAUAUAAAUUAUUUAAUUGAUUAAAAGAAGGAAGAAGUUGCCAGAUAAAAUAAGUUACAUCUAAAAAAAAUCAGUGAAAUUAGAAGUAAAUUUAAUUUAAUUUUUAGAGAAUUACGAAAUGAAAGCAUAAAUAAAAGAUAAAUUAAGAUAACAAAGAAAAUAAACUAAUCAAUCUGCAGAUUUAUAUGAAAAAUGUUGGGAUUAAACAAUCAAAGAAAUUAAUUACGAAAUAGAAGAUAAUAAUUUUCUAAUUUUUGAUAAAAUCAAUUAGGAAAAUUUAAACAAAAAAUCUGAACCUAAGCCACUUAAAAGUUAAGUAUAAUUAACUGUAAAUUUAGGUUAUUAAAAAAAUUAGAAAAUAAGAAGAUUAAUUUUUUCGAUAAUGUUCUGACUCAAUUUUGAGGUAAUUAAAAUAAAAAUCAAUACAUCUUGUUAACCAAGUAAAUGACUAGAUUGUAUAAGCUUAUAAAAUUUAAAAGAAAUAAUAGUAUUAGAGAUCAAAAGAAAGAGAGGAAAGUAAAUAAGAAAUAAUCAAAUCUCUAAGAUUUAAGGAAUAAGAAAAAUUAAUAAAAAUACUUUAAUCAAAACCUAAAAAUAUAUAUUUAUCCUAAUAAAAAAAGAAUAAGGAAAAAGAAGAUCAAUUAAGCUCUUUUAAAAUAAAAGAAAAGAAAAGGAUAAUAUAUUUGAAUAAUUGUUUGCCAUAAAUUGAUAAAUCUCAAGAAAUAUAAAUAAAUUCUGUCAAAUAAUAAAGAAUUCUGAUAAUUAAAAAAAUAUAAGAGAGCAGCAAUUUAUUAAAUAAGAAUUUAUUUAAAAUUUCACGAAAUUUUUAGUAAUAAUAAUAUCAUGAUUUUAACAUUAUUAUUAAAUGA